CAACGCCGACGUUCCCGACCUCAUUUCCACCCCCGUUUCUGCCACUUCUUUAUUCUCAAACUUUAUUCUUCUUCAGCAACCCUCCUCUCUCUAUACCUUCAUGCGUUGCAAUUUUCAGUGACAAAAUGUUUUCCGGCUCAAGUGCGUUCCUGGGUGGCGGGAACAGUAGCCGCCCGGGUGCACCGCCAUAUGGCCAACAGCAGCCGCAAUUCAACAUGGCCCCUGGACAGCAACAACCUGGCGGAUUUGGAUCGCAACCCACCGGCUUCGGUGCUGGCCCUCUGCAGUCUCAAUUUACCAGUUUUCCAGGAGCUGGGCAACCGGGCGGCUUCCAAUCGCAACAAUUACAACCCCAAUUCACUGGGCUGAACCCUCCAAGCCAGCAGAGUUUCGGCGCCCAAGCUACAGCGCAGCAGCCAAUGUUCACUGGCAUGCCUAGUCAACCUCAACUCUCAAUGCAGAGUCCGCCCCCUCAACCCCAAUUUCAAGCCAGCCAAAACCCCGCAACACCCCAAAUAUCUGUCCAACCGACGGGUCAGACGUCAUCUCAGAUAGCCGACUCGUUCAGAUCCGUGAAUCCUCAACCUCCGGCCCCAACUACAAGCACUGGAACGACGAAGAUUCCCAAGAUCAGACUCUCUUUUCUCACUGCCCAAGAUCAAGCCAAAUUUGAGCAACUUUUUAAGUCUGCUGUAGGCAACGGCCAGGCCCUACCAGGAGACAAGGCAAAGGAUCUACUACUUCGCUCAAAGCUUUCGGGAGAUACACUUGCUCAGAUAUGGACUUUAUCGGACACGACAAAAUCGGGGCAACUGUUGUUUCCAGAAUUCGCACUCGCAAUGUACCUUUGCAACCUGAAAAUUGUUGGAAAGAGCCUUCCGUCGGCCUUGCCAGAGCGAAUUUCAAACGAAGUAUCGAGCAUGGUCGAUAUAAUUUCAUUCGGUAUUCCAGAUGAGAGCCCGCCCGUGCCUUCGAGGAGCAACGCGCCCGACUUCGACACUCCCCUCAGUCAGAACACGUCGUUCCCGUCAGCACCACAACAGCCGCAACCUCAACAGCCUUCCAAUGCUCAGCUUCUCACACAGCUCUCGGCUCAACCCACCGGGUUCCAACCUCAGCCGACCGGGUUCCAGCCCCAGUUCCAGCAACAAUCUUCCGGACUCCAACCUCAGCAAACUGGUUUUGUUAACCCGCAAGCAACGGGUUUUAGUGGCCCUAGACCGCCUAUGCCUCCUAUGCCAACCGGAUUGGGUUCGAACCUGUCUCCAAACCAAACAGGCCUUGCUCCACUAAACGCCCAGCCCACGGGUGUUCCGGGCCAGUGGGGGCUUGUCAAUGCGCCAUCUACAGGUCUUCCCAAUAUUUCCGCCCUGCAGCAGCGUAUGAUGCCUCAGGCAGGUCGUGAAGGCGGCAGCUACACCACUGCCGGCUUAUCCGGCAAUGCGACCGUUCCUUGGGCUGUUACCAAAGAUGAGAAGAAGAUAUACGAUCAACUCUUUAAAGCUUGGGAUGGCUUCAAUAAAGGCUUCAUAGGUGGUGAUGUUGCUAUCGAAAUCUUUGGUCAGAGUGGUCUUGAAAAGCCUGACCUCGAAAGGAUUUGGACAUUGGCAGAUCCGAAUAACAAAGGUCGGCUUGAUAUGGAUGAGUUCGCCGUUGCCAUGCAUCUCAUUUACCGCAAGCUGAAUGGCUAUCCUGUGCCCAAUCGACUUCCGCCUGAGCUUGUUCCUCCCUCUACAAGAAAUUUCUCUGACUCCAUUGGCACUAUCAAGUCAUUACUCUCGCAGGAUGCUGAAAGUCGUAAAUCCUCGGGUGCAUUUUUGAAGCCCCAGCAGACCGGUGUGAGUUAUCUAAAGGAUCACUCCUUCAGAGGAGGGUCGAGCCCAGGCACGUUUGGACGAAAGGAUGCCACAGUCUUCAAAAAUAACGACGACGAUGUUGGAUACAGAUCAAGCGCCCGCCGCCGUAUUGGAGGUGGCCGGUCUCCUUCUCCGGCCGUGUCCACGCCGCCAUCCGAGCGAUCCGAUGAAGAACUGUCCAUCGAUCAACUGCGAAAGAAGGUCCGUGAAAAGCAAGUGUUGCUUGAUGCUAUUGACUUUAAAGACGAGAAUCUCGCGGAAGAGGACGAUGCACUUGAUCGAAGGGACCGACGAGAUGCUGAAGACCUCUACCGCCGUAUCCGGGAAGUGCAAGAAGACAUUGACAGCCACCCGGAUGCUUCACUUAGAAGUCUAGAUUCUGGUGCGGAGAAAAGAGCACUUCGAAGACAACUUCAAACUUUAACCGAUCGCCUUCCCGAGUUAGCUUCUCAAGUGAGGCGCGCCGAGCGAACUAUCGCGGAAGCCAAAGAAGAACUGUUCAGGCUCAAGGAUGCCAAGGCACACCCGGGAAGUGCUUCACUUAUAGUUGGAACUGGGCCUGGUGGAUCCGUUACUGAAGCUGAUCGGAUUCGAGCUCGUUCAAAGGCCAUGAUUCAGCAGCGCUCGGCUCUUUUGACUGGCCGCCCUAGCGCUGCGACGGACGACGAUCCUUUGGCAGCGACUAAGCGUCUUGAAGAAGAGAAUUCUCGCAUUCGAGCAGAGCGUGAGAAUAACGAGCGUAUGAUCAAAGAUGUAGAGGAUGGAGUUCACGACUUUGGUAAAGGUAUCCUUGACAGCCUGAAGGAAGGCGAUGACGACUCUACUAGUCAACAUGAACGGAGACGUUGGGAGGAUGGUCUAGGAGUUGAGGACGAAGUGAAAGACUUUAUCUUUGAUUUGCAGCGAAGCAGCCGUAGUUCCCGAAUCCGGCGCGAAGAUGACAAUUACGGCUCGCGUGAGCCGGAACGUAAACCUCCUAAGUAUGAGGAGGAUCGUUCUCGGUCUUCUUCGCGUCUUGAGCCAGCAGCACGAAGCAACGAUGUUGCGUCGCCUUCACCUUCUAGUGCUUCUAGGUCGCCCUCCUAUUCCUCUUAUAAGACUGCCGAUGAUAGAGCGGCAUUUAUCAAACAGCAGGCAGAGCAACGCUUGGCUGAGCGCGUCGCAGCGCUAGGCCUCCGUCCGCCAACGAACCUUGGGGAGUCUACGCAGCAGAGAGAGGAGAGGGAGAGGAAAGAGCGUGAGAAGAGGCUGAGGCAGGCCGAGGAAGAGGAUGCUCGACGCGAAAAGGAAAUGCAACGCAGACUGGCCGAUGACCAUGGCAUCCCCCCAGAGUCCAGCAAAACCUCUGGCAAGAAACCGCCUCCACCUCCGUCUCGCAAGACAAGGGUCGAUACAUCUGCUCAAGAUGAAGCCCGGAAACGGGAGGAAGAAGCGAGAAAGGUGGAACAGGAAGCCAAAGAGCGUGAGCUCAAGGAACAACAAGAAGCUCAGGAAAAUGAGCGACGCGAACUAGAGGACGAAACGCGAAAGCAAGAAGAAAGCCUUGCCAAAGAGCGAGAGGCGGCACAGGCACGUCUCAAGGCUCUGGAAGAACAGGUCAAGAUGGGCAAGGUUAAGAAAGAUGAGGAAAAGAGACGGAAGCAAGCUGCUCAACGCGAGGCCAAGGAGAAAGAAGCUCGACUCGCUGCGCAGCGUGCCGAACUUGAAGCUGCUAGGGAGAGAGAACGACAGCUUCAACUCCAGCUUGAGCAGAUGGGCGACGAGUCUUCUUCCUCCGAUGACGAAGGUCCACAAGACAUCACCACUCCCCAGGAUAUCACCCCUAUCAGUAGCAUGGAGAUAUCAAGGGACAUCGCUUCUCCGCCAAAUGUCCCAGCAGCUGCAGCCCCGCCACCUCCUCCUGCACCUGCCCCUCCCGCACCACCUUUACCUUCCCUUCAACAGGCACCACCCACAAGCCCUCCAAUUACCAGCCCAUCGGCCAGCAACCCGCCUGUUAGCAGCCCCCCUGCGCCUACCGCGCCAGUCGCCGACGUGGAGACCAAGAAUCCAUUCUUGAAGAAGCUCGCUCAAUCCAACGAGCCAGCUUCCGCAUCCAGCACAGCCACCACCACCGGAACCAACCCCUUCCAUCGUCUAACCCAAGAAAACACCAACAAGGCUGUGACUUCGCCUCCUGAGCUGCCCGCCGCACCCGGUCCCCGUCCAUCCCGCGUUCGGCCCGAAGAAGACGAAUGGUCCGUCGUCGAUUCUGAAGAUGACGACUCGUCUGACGACGAUGACGACCGUCCUGCCGGUGGAAACGCAAAGCAACUCGCUUCCAUUCUCUUCGGCACCAUGGGCCCGCCUCGACCCCUCUCCGCAAUGGACAACAGCAAGAGCUCCACGCCAACGAGUGCAGCUCCUGCUUUGGCACCCCCUCCGCCUGCUCCUCCCAUCCCGGCUGGAAGCGCUCCUCCGCCUCCAGCUCCCCCGCCACCGCCUCCAAUGGGUGGUGCUGGCGGUGCUCCUGCAGGAGGACCCCCUGCUCCGCCCCCGCCCCCGCCUUCGCUCCCCUCUGCUGCGGAUUCUGGCAGAUCCGCUUUACUCGGCCAGAUCCAGGCCGGUAGGGGUCUCCGCAAAGUAGAAACCAAGGACAGAAGCUCCAGUACCUUGGCCGGAAGAGUCUUGUAGGCCAUUUUGAAAUAAUUUUUUUUUCUUAUUUCAGCGACCUAGUGAGCUUGGUCGACGUGCUCAGUCGCUAGUCAUAUAUAUAUCCCUAUAUGUAUUUCGCUGAGCUCUUCUCUUCGGCUCUUCAGCUCUUCUGUGAGCCAUUAACGCUGAUCUAGUUUGACUUGUUUCAAUUCUCACUUUUCCAUUUCCUCCACCAUGGAAUUUGUAAUGCAUUUCUUGCACAAGUAAAAAUAGUAGACC